AUGUCCAGCGUCGCAUCGGAUACUCUGAAGUACGCGCGCGACGCUACGGAGCAAAUCGAUGAUCUCGUUCGGCGAGGCGAGGGGGACGAGCUACGCGUCUUGCAUGAAGAGUGGGCCAGUCGGGAUGAACACAUCGAUGAGCUGAUGGCACGGAACCGUCAGGCGUGCGCUGAUAGUUUCAACGCACGCGUACGUCUGCUUCAAGAUCUUGAGGAGAUUCGCUCGGCCGCGCGGUUGCUGGCCGACGAGAAGGCUUGUCUAGACGGUGAAAUUGACAGGCUGCUACUGGAGAACGCCCAGAGCCGAGAGGAGCCGAUGUUGGAGCAUGUUCGUCACGCCAAGGCGCAGACUGCGUUCGAGUAUCAUGAACUCGAUGUGCGUCUCCGGGAAGAGUACGCGGCCACCAAUGCAUCCAUCGGCAAGGUCAUCGAUGAACUGUCACGCUGGAAUGAGGAGAUGGGGCUGCUGCAGGGGAGCUUUGAAGAUCUCAAUGCUGCAGCAGAUGCUAUCGGGAACAUUCUUGAGAGGUUGGAGGCGGCAGAAGCAGAAGUCGCUGAUUGCCACACAUGGACUUGUACCCGUCUUGUUGUUUCGUUUUGUAGCGUGAAGGCAGGUGAAGUCGGCGAGCCUGCCUUUGCUGAAGCGCGGCUUCGGGCCGGGAAAUGCCGCUAG